AUGACGAGCGCCGUUGUGCUCGACAGCUUUGUCGCCCUCAUUGACCGCCACCUCGAGCUGCAGACCAGCACGGAUCGGGAUCGCGCCGGCACCGAUGGCGGCGAGCAGCAGCAGGGCGGCACCUCCGACCCUUCGACGCGCCUCAAAGCCCUCCGUGGCCUGGCAGCAUCUGCGGCCGGGCCGAUUGCACAGCCUCCCCCGUCGGGACCACCCGCCGCGGCGGCACUGACGCCCCUCGAGCGCGCCCUCAUCCACGAGGUACAGCGCAGAAGGCACCAGCUCGAGGCCCGCCAGCGCGACAUCGACUUCUGGGAACACCACUACAGAGGCGGCGCAAAGGCCUCGACAUCGCACUCGAAGGCGUCGGACCUUGACGACCAGCAGCUCGACGGCACCCUGCGGCAGCGGCGGGAGCAGCUCAACGAGCUCCGGCGCGCCGACUGGCUCAGACGCGAGAUUGCCACUAGCGUCGAGAACGGCCUGACAGUCGUCUCGGCCAUGUCCAACACGGUGCCUGUGCAGAAGCAAGAGCGGGGCCCAAGGAGCGAAGGCGCAGAGGCCGAGGGGCAGGCGGACAAGGCGAUGGACUCGACCUACCUAACGACGCGCGAGCUCCUCGACCAGCGGGACGACAAGGCGCUCGAGUUCCUGCGCAUCUUUGAAGAGCUCAAAGAGGUCCGCGAGAAGCGCUUCGACAUAAAAGCUCAGAUACUCGGCACGAGGGAGGAGACCGCCCGGCUGCUCGGGCAGAUCAAGUCGACGCGAAAGGACCUCGUCGAGCACCGCGUCCAAACGCAAUCGCAGACCAAGUCCGGUGUCGAACGAACACAGAGCAGCAGCUCGUCUGGCGAUCCAGGGAUGGCGGCUAGAAUUCAGCGAUCGCAGGCGGCUCUGGUCGAGACUCAGGCCAAGAAAGAGAUGGUCAAGGGAGUCCUCAGGGGCCUCAUUCUCGAAUCGGGCCGUGACUGGACGCAGAACAAGGCGACGAGGGACUUGAUGCUGCAGCUCGAGGACGAGGAGGGCGACUCGGAAGACGAGUUUGUCGACGACGAGGACGAGGGCGGAGGGGACGAGGAUGACCGAGAGGGCGACGGCGACGACGACGAGGGGUACGACGACGAAGACGAGGACGAGGGCUAG